AUCGGCCUCUUCAUCCACAGCAAUGCUAGCUCGAAAGGACCUCUUUCCUGCCUUACAAAACAACUUUCCUGUCUUCGGCCCAGUUAGCCUGAUGGUCAGGCCUGAAAUUGACGAUGCCUUAGUCUUUAGCACCAAGGUCUACCAACACUACCUUGGCAACGCAACUAUCGAUCGUGACCACAUCAAAGAGCUAACUAAGAUGAACACAGACUACUCUUUUGCCGUACCACACGACCUGACGACCCUCUACCACGCUCGGGUUCCUGGUCUUGCUACUUACCGCUACGAGCUGAAGCACCGAUCCCAGUUGUCCAUGGGAGAUUUCUUCAAGACGAAUAUAGGGCGUCAAUGGAUUUCUCAUGGCGACGACCUGUACUACUUAUUCGCCGGCGGGCCGCUCCUCAACCCCAGCAGCCUGCCAAGCCGCCCGCGGGAUCUGCAAAGCGAGGAGGACCUCCGCCUCAGAGACAUCAUCACGACUAUGUGGACGAACUUCGCUGCCACGGGCAACCCCACCCCUGACGAUGCCCUGGGCUUCAAGUGGGAGGCAGCGACCGAGGACGACCUCCGCUAUCUCGCCCUUACGCCCUUCCCCGUCAUGGAGGCCGACCAGCGACAGGAGGUGCGGGAUUUUUAUGCUUCUCUGCCAACGAAGAUGAAUCAAAUUCACUAUUCUGAUGGUGGCGUCUACAGGGAAGAAAGUUCCUGUCUCGUAUGCCAGGAAGACCUGUAAAUCCAUUAUUGGCUGCCACGUGCAAUGCUUCCUUUCAUUGAAAUUAUUGUAACGAUACAGUGCAUUUAUCGGUUUACAGUAAGAGUUAUCUUAGUAUUAUAUUUUACCCAGUUUUUUAUUACUAUUGUUAUGACUGUAUCCCAUACAUAUAUAUAUAUAUA